AUGUACCCUCGUUGCAGUAGCAGCACGGCAUCGCCGGCAGGCGUUACUGUUAUGGCGCCUAGUGUCGCUUCAGCGACUCCCCGUCGUCCAUUGCAUCAUUCUAUCUCGAUGACGGGGGCGUCACCAGACUCAUCUGCUCACCGCCAUCGUUCAUCGGAUUACAGCCCGUCAGUGGUCGCUGGAGGACAUCACUACGAUAGUGGAGCUGGCCUGCCACCACCUUAUUCCGCCGUUCGCAGGGGACCACCUGAAGCUGGAAUUCCGUCAACAGCCGGUGGACAACCACCUUCCCGAGCUGGAACUGUCGGAUCAAGCGGUGGAGCGCCAAUCGCGAGCGCUCUAACUCAGAUACGUGAAGGUCACGCCGUUGCUCCUUCUGGUACUACCACUCCCCAGUCUAUGCGAGAGGACGAAAUUAAACCUCGUAGUCUGCGGUUUACAUGGAGCAUGAAGACAACCAGCAGCCUGGCACCUGACGAAAUGAUGAGAGAAAUUCGUAAGGUGCUCGAUGCCAACAACUGUGAUUAUGAGCAACGUGAACGAUACCUAAUUCUUUGCGUUCAUGGUGAUCCUAAUGCGGAUUCUUUGGUACAGUGGGAGAUGGAGGUUUGCAAGCUUCCACGCCUUAGCUUAAAUGGAGUGCGUUUCAAAAGAAUCUCGGGGACUUCUAUCGGGUUCAAAAAUAUCGCGUCCAAAAUUGCACAGGAGCUCAAUCUGUAG